GUCGUAAGAAUAAUUCAAAAAGGCUAGACUUCUCUCGAGAAGCGGGAGUGGGAAGAAUUCAACAGCUGAGUACGAGUAUCGACUUUUACACUUCGCUCUCAAGAUCUUCUUAUCUGCAAUAGUCACGAUUUCACAAAAAACAUGUCGAAAUACAAGAUUGUUAUGGUUCGCCACGGUGAGAGCGAGUGGAAUAAGUUGAACCUCUUUUGCGGAUGGUACGAUGCCGAUCUAUCGGACAAAGGUAAAAGCGAAGCUGUGUCUGCGGGAAAAGCUCUCAAAGAUGCAGGCCUCACGUUCGAUAUAGCUCAUACAUCGGUGCUUACGAGAGCGCAGGAAACUCUCAAGGCAAUCCUAAAGGAGAUCAAUCAAGAGGAUCUACCUGUCCAAAAGACAUGGCGCUUAAAUGAGCGACAUUAUGGCGGCUUGACCGGCAUGAAUAAAGCGGAGACAGCUGCCAAGUAUGGCGAGGAGCAGGUGCAAAUCUGGCGGAGAUCGUUUGAUGUACCACCACCACCGAUGGAAACGGAUCACAAGUAUUACGAUACAAUAGUAAAGGAUCCGCGUUAUGCCGAUGGUCCUAAACUUGAGGAAUUCCCCAAGUUUGAAUCUCUCAAGUUAACAAUCGAGAGAACGUUACCUUAUUGGAACGAUACAAUUAUUCCUCAGUUGAAGGAAGGCAAGAAAAUUAUAAUAGCCGCCCAUGGAAACAGUUUACGCGGCAUAGUAAAACAUCUCGAUCAAAUGACCAAUGAUCAAAUCAUGGGAUUGAAUCUACCGACUGGUAUUCCAUUUGUGUAUGAAUUGGAUGAGAACUUGAAGCCUGUUGUUUCUAUGAAAUUCUUGGGUGACGAAGAGACGGUUAAAGCAGCAAUGGCUGCAGUCGCCGCACAAGGAAAGGCAAAAUAAAUUAUUAAAAUGAGAAACAUCUAUAUAUCAAUCUCUGAAGAACUUGUUACAUGUCUGUUAAAAGUAUAUUUAUUAAGUGUAUUAAUCUAACUCUGUUAAAAGUAUUUAUAUUAAUUAAUCCUUAGAUUUUUCGCGACAGAAUGUAACUGAAAAAAGAAUGAUAGAUACAUUCUUAGUUCUCCAUUGUGAGAGAGACAAAUAUAUAUAUGUAUUAAACUUAAAA